AUGACUUUUGAUUCCCACCUACUUCUGUUAUUUUGCGCUUUACUGGGUGUUGUUAAUGCAGCAAAUCCAGUAGUCAAACUACCAUAUGCUUCUUAUAAGGGUGCAGUGAACAAUGAUCUGGGGUACUCACUAGGAUAUGCGUCUUUCGCUCUGAAGAAGACUAACGUUGACAGAAUCAUCUCCUAUCGUGGCAUUCACUAUGCUAGCCCCCCAACUGGUGACCUACGCUGGCAGCCUCCAGUGCCAAUACAGAACACUGAGCAACAGAACUCUGUAAUUGAUGCAGCCAGUUCUGGUCCGACCUGUCCAUUGGCAAUACCCUCGUGGUUCUUGAGCGGGCCUGUCAUUCUCGAAAUCGCUGCUGGUGGAGGAACGGUUGGGUUUCCCGCGCUGCAGGAAUCUGAAGAUUGUCUACUUUUAGAUGUGCUGAUACCAAGUAACCCUCAAUCCGAUAACCUACCCGUCAUCGUUCAGAUCCACGGUGGAGGAUAUACCCUUGGCUUCUCUGAGCUAUAUGCUGGUGACAACUUUGUUUCCGAAUCUAAAGGGUCAGUGAUCUAUGUCGAGAUCCAGUACAGGCUAGGGCCAUUAGGUUUCCUGUCUAGUCAAGAAUUGAGACAGAAUGGCACUGCCAAUGCGGGGAUUUUGGACCAACGGUUAGCAUUAGAAUGGGUACAGAAGUACAUCUCUUAUUUUGGAGGGGAUCCUUCCAAGGUUACUAUCUGGGGUGGUAGCGCAGGAGGAGGGUCUGUUGUCGCUCAGCUGAUGCUAAACGGCGGAGAAGAGAAGCCACCUUUCUGGGCCGCUAUUGCUGGUAACGCUUCCCAUACUAAUGCUUACAUGAACUUGAAGCUGAACAGUCUGGUUCUUUUAGAAUAUCCCUGGAUACAGCCAUAUCACGACGACGAAGCGCUAGAGACUCAAUAUAACGCAUUUCUCAAAGUGGCAAAUUGUUCAUCUCUCCCAUGUCUGCGCGCCCUUUCAUCGAGCGAUAUAACUAACGUGGUUGGCUCUGUAAUGUCUGCUGGUUAUAACCUCGGCGAGUACGGGUUUGGUGACUUUUGGUUCGGUCCAUCUAUCGAUGGAAGAGCUAUCAAGGGUCUGCCAACGGAUGAGAUUGCUGCUGGUCGGUUUAGCCGUGUUCCUCUGUUAACUGACCACGAGGAAUUUGAAGGUGUGCUGUUUACCAACAUGUCCAUCCAUUCCGAAGAUCAAGUCGAACCAGAUCUCCAGGAUGUGUGGCCCGCAGCAAACGCUUCUUUCUUCGAGCGGCUAUUCAAUCUCUACCCUCUAUCUGAUUUCUCGGGAAAUUAUUUUCAAAAGAGUUUCUUUCUAGACAUUUUUGCGCUGAUGCCCACUCUCACUCUUGACGCGCCUUUCUACCAGCGACAGGCAAUCCUAGGAGACGCUUUCAUCGGCUGUCCGACACGUUUACUCGCAAACACAUUCCAGAAAAAUGGAUUGCCAAUUUGGAAGAUGACAUAUAACUACGGAAUUGCCAUACACUCAUCUACACAGCCAUAUCUGCUCAGAGCCUCUAACGAUGUUUUGAAUCCACAGCUUGCAAGAACUAUAAAAGAUUAUUUCCUGUCUUUCGCUCUGGCUAGAGAUCCAAAUGCGAUAUCAACAGUGGCUAAGCCGAUGUGGGUUCAGUACGACACUAACUCGACGGUGUUAGGUAUUGAUUCUGAUGCAAAGCCUACACUAGUUGCAGAUGUAGAUGACUCUGAGAAGUGUGAGUUUUUGUUGAGCCAAGGACAUGUUCUUCGAAAUUGA